CUGUUUCCCUGCGUUUCCCGCGUUGCGCCCGGUCUUCCGCGUCGCACCCUGGUUUCUCGCGUCGCACCCUGGUCUCCCGCGCCGAACCGCUGUCCUUCUGGUGCCGCGGCAUACCUUCCCGUGUCUCGCCGUGGAACCAAGUACGAGUCGCCGUACAAUCAAGCACGAGUCGCCGUGAAAAUCGGGCACGAGUACCCAAUGGUCAGCAACGAGCUUCCGAAGAGAUCCGUAUGCCCCUGCAGCUCGGUACGACCGGGCGCCUACUUCCUUAUGUAUACUAGGAUUUCUGUGCGUAUAAAAGCUGGAUUAAUGUGAUUUGAGUCACUGGGCACGUCCCUUCCUCUGUUCGAGUGAGAAUUUGGUUUUGGGUUUCUCCCCUUGCCUUUUCCUUGUUUCUCCCGUACUCUUAUUUCCUCAAUUGCGUCAAGGACAUCAGGAAGACUCAUUCACAAUGGACAUGGGCGACAUGGGCAACUCCUCCUCGUCGGAUUCGAUGGGCAUGGGCUCGGGCUCGGAGCAUGCGUGCAAGAUCUCGAUGAUGUGGAACUGGAACACCAUCGAUGCGUGCUUUAUCUCGGAACAGUGGCAUAUCCGGUCGAAGGCGGACUACGCCGGCUCGAUCGUCGGCAUCUUCUUCCUCGUCAUCCUCGUCGAGUGGACGCGGCGCGCGUCGCGGGAGUACGAUCGGCGGAUCGCGAAGGAGUACGAUGGGCGGGUCAACGGCGUCGCGGCCCAUGACUCGACGGCGAAGUUGGAUGCGGGCGCGGGGGUGGCGCCGUUUAGGCCGACGCUGGUGCAGCAGCUCAUCCGGAGCUUGUUCUACGUCGCGCAGUUCGGCGCGGGGUACAUGAUGAUGUUGCUCGCGAUGUACUACAAUGGAGGGAUCAUCUUUGCUAUCUUCGCUGGGGCCUUCGUCGGACACUUCACGUCUUCGUGGGAUACCGUCGGCCACAACGAGAUCGUACAGAAGGACUGCUGUUGCUAAGCCCCUUCACGCUCUUCUCUCCAUACACGCUCUCCUACGAUUUCCUAACUCGACU